GAAGGGGGAGAGAAAAAAAAUCGGUCCAAGAUGGCCGUGAACGAGACUCUUCUCGGCAGUACAAUGACGAAUUUCACCCUUCCCAGCCCUAAAAGACAUCGCAAAUAUGAAGAAACAGGAACGAUUCACGAUGAGCUGCGGAACAUUCAAAGUGUCAUUCGCCUCACCAAAGAAAAUAUUGAUGCGCUCAAUGCACAGUUUGCUGGAUUCCAACACCCACCCUUGAUGUACAUAGCUGAAUACAAUGAAUUGACAAGCAAGUUGCACGAAUUCAAAGCCCGAGAGCAAGAACUCAUCGAAAGAGUAAGCGCAGCUACGGCAUCCAACGGACGACAAAGUCCUGGUGGUCACGAGUUGGAAGAUUGUUCCGAUGCUGAAUUGCCACCACACCUCAAAACAGGAUUUGGGCCAGAUGGAGGUGGUCAUCAUCAUGGACACCAGCAACAACAAAUUCAUCAUCAACAACAAGCUCCCGGUCCGCCUUUAAUUGCUAUCCCUCCUCCUCCUCGAUCACCUCUAAAGUCGGUAGUGCGAGCAUACCUGCCCAACGAGCAACGGACGAUCGUACAAGUCAAACCCGGCCAAACUGUGCGUGAAGCCCUUUCAAAAGCCAUGAAGCUGCGCAAGCUGGACCCGUCCACGUGCGCGGUCUAUCGAUGCACACAGCCUGAGGUCAAAGUACAAUGGGAUGCCGAUAUAGCUUCAGUCGAAGGUGGAGAGAUUCGUGUUAAACUUAAGGAUAACUUCUCAGCCACUACCAGCAUAUCUCACAAUUUCGUGCGCAAAACAUUCUUUUCUUUGGCUUACUGCGAGUCCUGCCGACGCCUGCUGUUUCAAGGCUUCUAUUGUCGGACGUGCGGAUAUCGUUUUCAUCAGCGUUGCGCUGCAGCCGUCCCUCCCUUGUGCAAUCCGGCUCACGUAGCCGAAAACACACUCCUACAGAUGUUAAUAUCGUGUCCAGAGGGCCCCGUACCGUACCCGUACACAGCCGGCCUUACAUACCCGCCGACAUUCCAGCCGAUGCAGAUUCCUCGACGCCACCCUCCACCUCUAGCCCAAAGAGAACGAUCAACAUCGGCUCCUAACGUUUGUUACAAUAUGGUCGGCAAUCAAGGCGGCAUCGAUACCGCAUUAGAGGAUUGGUCCUAUCGUAUCAAAGCUCACAACCUUGCUGCAACAGAAGCUGGCCUGAUCAGUUUAACACGUUUGGUACAAAACGGCGGAGGCCGGAGCAACAGCAACAAAGGCUUGAAUGGCAUCCGGGAAGAGCAGCAUGAGAAUCAGCCCCCUGAGCCGCAACAGCAACAACAACAGGCGCAUGUUCCCGGGAGGCAUGCCUGGGCUCUCCCGUUCACCAACCUGGCUAUCGGACUUACGUUGCCCACCUCCAACAACAGCUACUUCCACCGAGUAACAAAUUUCAUGGGAGGCGGCGGAAGCGGAGGCAACGGAGGAGCCCCACCCACCCUGAGUGGUCUUGGCGGAGCUUCCAGUCCGGGUAGCAGUCCGACUAAACCGUCGCAUAGUCACAGUGCGCAGGCCAGCCCAACCAAUACUUUACGGCCAUGGAGACCACGAGCAAGAAGCGCGGACGAAAGUAGCAAAAAGGUGCGAGCGUCUCGCGAAUCGAUCGAAGAUUGGGAGAUUCCCGCAGACGAGAUCCUCAUUGGGCCGCGCAUUGGUUCUGGCUCCUUCGGAACUGUGUAUCGCGGACACUGGCACGGCCCAGUCGCUGUCAAAACCCUCAAUGUCAAAGAUCCGACACCAGCUCAGUUACAGGCAUUCAAAAACGAAGUGGCAGUGUUGCGGAAAACCAGACAUGUCAACAUUUUACUCUUUAUGGGUUGCGUGAGUAAGCCGCAAUUGGCCAUCGUGACGCAAUGGUGUGAAGGUUCAUCCCUGUACAAACAUCUCCACGUUCUCGAGACCAAGUUCGAGCUUCUAACACUCAUCGAAACAGCGCGUCAAACAGCUCAGGGCAUGGAUUAUCUUCACGCCAAGAACAUUAUCCAUCGCGAUCUUAAAAGCAACAAUAUAUUCUUGCACGACGACCUAACUGUCAAGAUUGGAGAUUUCGGUCUUGCCACGGUCAAAACACGCUGGUCAGGAUCUCAUCAGUUUCAGCAACCUUCGGGAUCAAUACUUUGGAUGGCGCCGGAAGUGAUACGCAUGAAGGAUGAAAAUCCGUACAGUUUCCAGUCAGAUGUGUACGCUUUCGGUGUUGUCCUCUAUGAACUGUUUAGUGGCCAGCUACCUUAUUCGCACAUCAGCAACAAAGAUCAGAUAUUGUUCAUGGUGGGCCGAGGAUUCCUUCGUCCUGAUUUGAGUCACGUUCGAUCAGAUACCCCGAAAGCGCUUCGCAGGCUACUGGAAUCAUCGAUCAAGUUUACGCGAGAGGAACGACCUCUUUUUCGCCAGAUACUCGUCUCCCUCGAAAGUCUGUCUCGUUCCUUACCCAAAAUCCAUCGCUCCGCUUCGGAACCUACACUGAGUGGAAGUCAUUUCCAAUCAGAGGAUAUUUACUUCGCCUACGCCCUGCCCAAGACUCCUAUGAACGCCCAAUUCGGCGCCUUUCCUCUAUUCAAUACGGGAGGUGUCAUUUGAAAUAGGAAAAAUAACUGGAAAGAAGAAACUAAACAAACAAACUGGAGAAACCGGAAUUUUAAUCGAUAAUUACGUUUAGGAAUUCUGCCAUUGCGACGCCACUCCUGCCCACUCUUCUUCGUUUCUCUAUACUCAAGUUCAAAAUAUUGUUUCCCUUCUUAAGCUUUAAUUGAUAAAAACAAAACAAAAACAGACAUACCAUAGUCGACGAUCCCGUUUUUUUUUUCUUUUCUUUUAAAUCAAUAUUAUUUUUUUAGAGGAGUUCGUGACACUACCUUUACAGACAACUCCGAUCCUAGCAUAGGAAUGUACUGUACACAAUAUUAUUGGCACCGUUGGUUGUGUUGUGUAGACUACAAAUUGACUGUCCCCCCCCCCCCACUCUGCUCGUACACCGGAUAUAUCUAUUGUACCUUCUGUCGUCCGUUAGCCCCCAAAUCCUCUUUCCCCUGUUGACGAGAGCCGUGAAACUUCUCGCACACUUCAGACUCUUUUCCUUUUUAAAAAAACUUCUCUGUUCCUCCGCCCGGCGCUGUUCGUUGAAUCCUAAUUACUACUAUUCCCUCCACCCGAUAUAUGCUCCUAUUCUUCAACUCUCUUUCUCAAAAUUCUUCGGUUUCGUGCAUGUGUAUGUUGUUCCAUGUUUUUGUUCUCCCCUCCUCCCUAAUCCUUCGUCACGUACAAUUCGUCGUCUUGUGCGAAAUAUGAACAUUUCAAGUCCAGCCUACCAUGCGAGGUAUCCCUGCUACUCUGGGGAAAAGAAGACUGACAAAGCAAGAAAUACCACAAAACAAAAUUGUAUCCCUCCACGUUGACGUUAUGUAUAGGCGAAAACAAAAAACCGAAAAAUUAAGACUAAUUCAAGAACACACAAAACAACAACAACAAAAAAAGAAUAGGUACCAACGGAGAAACAAAAAGAAAAGAAAACAUUUAAGUGACUAUCCUAGCUGGUUUUCCUGUCCACUUGUGUAAUGCUUUCCUCUCCUCUGCUGUAUAUAUACCCCCGACCGUUGCGAUAAACCAUUCAAAUAAACAUGAAAUGCCUCAAAUUCAACUCUA